GUCAAUAUUCGUUUCGAAAAAGUGGCCUCAUUAGGCGCAAACACGUUAAAUUUCACUGACAUAGGGAGCCCCUACGAGGGGCCUCCCAGCACUCCUCAAUCCGGAAUGGAUGCACCAGAUGCACCACACACACCGAAAUAUAUUGAUGGAGGUGCUACUGGCAAUGCACCCGGUAAAUCAGCUUUCGUAGAGCUUCAACAACAUGGUUAUGGUGCUAUUAGAAGUGGAUAUGGACAACAUUUUGGUCCUCAAGGAGGUCAAGAUUCUGGUUUUCCUAGUCCUCGUAGUGCACUUGGAUAUCCUUUUCCUACAAUGCAAAACUCUUAUUCAAGUUAUCAUUUAAGCGGAUAUGCUCCACCAUGUUCCAGUCCACCAAAGGAUGAUAAAAUUGAAGAUACAGGAUUACGAGUAAAUGGCAAAGGAAAAAAAAUGCGUAAACCUCGAACAAUAUACAGUUCUCUUCAGCUUCAGCAACUUAAUCGGCGGUUUCAACGUACACAAUAUUUAGCAUUACCUGAGAGAGCAGAAUUAGCCGCUAGUUUGGGAUUAACGCAAACACAGGUAAAAAUUUGGUUUCAAAAUCGUCGAUCGAAGUAUAAAAAAAUGAUGAAAGCUGCUCAAGCACCAGGUGUUGGUGGAAUGCCUCUUAGUGGAAACCAAGGAAGCCAUAGUCCUUCACAUCAGAAUCUUCAUGGAGGUGGAGGCUCAAAUAGUGGAUCACCUUCACAUUUUCUACCUCCAGGACACAGUCCCACACCCUCAAGUACUCCAGUUUCAGAACUUUCGCCAGGUUUAAGUCCUCCAUCUGCUCAACAAACAGCACCUUGGGAACAGAAGCCACCACCUUCGCAUUGGUCAAAUGGACCAAAUAAUGGAGGGCCAGGUAUGGUACCCGGUUCUGUGCCGCAACUUGAUCAUAAACCUCAAAUGGCACCUCAAACACACGUCCCUCCGCAACCAACACAUGCUCCACAAAUGAGUGGCUAUAUGCCACAAUAUUGGUAUCAACCGGAAACAAAUCCAUCAUUAUUAACGCCGAAAUAUGAACCGAUGGGCUCUGCAAUCUACUGCCGCUCCUACUACGAAUAAAAGAUUCAAUUAAAUAAUAUUGCUUUGAAUUAUUUUACAUCUUAUAUAAAAUUGAUUCCUGAAAGCAUAAAGUUGUGAUAUUUAAUAUAUUUGAAUUUUCAAAAUAGUCUAAACAACUACAGAGUGACUAAACAUGAAAACAACCAAGAAAGCUGAACUUAUGAACUAUUUAUUCAAAUCGGUGUUCAAGUCUAACUGAAAUUAUUUCUUUAUGGAGCAACCGAAACAAUUUAUGCUCCGUUAAUAAAAAACUGUCUAAUUUUUUUAUGUAUUUUCGUAUGAUAUCUUAUAAAACGUAC